AUGUCAACACAUUCAAACCACCCUUUUCAUUUAGUUGAUUAUAGUCCAUGACCUUUAACAGGAGCAAUUGGUGCUAUAACAUCUGUUUCAGGCUUAGUAAAAUGAUUCCAUCAAUAUGAUAUUUCUUUAUUUCUUUUAGGAAAUAUUAUUACUAUUUUAACAGUUUAUCAAUGAUGACGUGAUGUAUCUCGAGAAAGAACUUUUCAAGGUUUACAUACUCUUCCAGUCACAUUAGGUUUACGAUGAGGAAUAAUUCUUUUUAUUCUUUCUGAAGUUUUAUUUUUUGUUUCAUUUUUUUGAGCAUUUUUCCACAGAAGUUUAUCUCCAGCUAUUGAAUUAGGAGCUUCAUGACCACCAGCUGGUAUUAAACCUUUUAAUCCAUUUCAAAUUCCACUAUUAAAUACAGCUAUUUUAUUAUCUUCAGGUGUUACUGUUACAUGAGCUCACCAUAGAUUAAUAGAAGGAAACCAUUCACAAGCUACCCAAAGUUUAUUUUUUACAGUUUUAUUAGGAAUUUAUUUUACUAUUUUACAAGCUUAUGAAUACAUCGAAGCUCCAUUUACUAUUGCAGAUUCAGUUUAUGGCUCAACUUUUUUUAUAGCUACAGGAUUUCAUCGAAUUCAUGUAUUAAUUGGAACUUCUUUUCUUCUAGUAUGUUUAAUUCGACACUUAAAUAAUCAUUUUUCUAAAAAUCACCACUUUGGAUUUGAAGCUGCUGCAUGAUACUGACAUUUUGUCGAUAUUGUUUGAUUAUUUCUUUAUAUCUCAAUUUAUUGAUGAGGAGGAUAA